AGCACCUGCGGGCGGUGCCGCUUUCACCUGCGGCUCGGCGGCGGCAGCGCUCGGCAGCUCCGUCCCGUCCCGUCCCGUCCCGUCCCGCACCGUCCAGCACCGGCACCGAGCUAUGGGGCGGCAGCGGGGCUCCAUGGGCCCCCUCUGCUUCCCCCUGCUGCUGCUGCUGCUCCAGGUGGGCGGACGGAGGUGCGACGAGGCAGCCCCCUGCCAGCCUGGAUUCACCGCGGAGACCUUCACCUUCACCGUGCCCCGGGACAGCGUGGCGGCGGGCGAGGUGCUGGGACGAGUGCUGUUCUCGGGCUGUGCUGGGCAGCCGCAGGCUGUGCACGUCCCCACCGACCCGCGCUUCGAGGUGGACAAAGACGGCAUCCUCCAGACGAAGCAGCCACUGCAGCUCCGCGGGCAGAAGAUCCGCUUCAACAUCUCUGCCCUGGAUGCCACGGGCAAGAGGCACUCGGCCUGGGUGACCGUGGAGAGGCGCAGGUCGCGGCAACACCGCCGCAGCAACCAGGAGGAUGAGCCCUACAUGCUCUCGUUCCCCGAAUCUGGCCCCAGCCUCCGAAGGCAGAAGAGGGACUGGGUCAUCCCCCCCAUCAGCUGCCCCGAGAACCACCGGGGGCCCUUCCCCAAGCAGCUGGUGCAGAUCAAAUCCAACAAGGACAAGGAGACCAAGGUUUUCUACAGCAUCACGGGGCAGGGGGCGGACAGCCCCCCCGUGGGCGUCUUCACCAUCGAGCGUGAGACGGGGUGGCUGGAGGUGACGAAGCCGCUGGACCGCGAGGAGAUCGAGAAAUAUGUCCUCUUCUCCCACGCCGUGUCGGCCAACGGGCAGCCCGUGGAGGACCCCAUGGAGAUCAUCAUCACGGUGAUGGACCAGAACGACAACAAGCCCGUCUUCACCAAGCAGCUCUUCGUCGGCUACAUCGAGGAGAACGCCAAGCCGGGCACCUCUGUGAUGACCGUGAACGCCACGGACGCGGACGACGCGGUGACCGUGAACAACGGCAUCGUCAGCUACUCCAUCGUCAGCCAGGAGCCGCCCAAACCGCACCCCCAGAUGUUCACCAUCGACCCCCAGAAGGGCGUCAUCAGCGUCCUCGGCACGGGGCUGGACCGCGAGACCACCCCCAACUACACGCUGAUCGUCCAGGCCACGGACCAGGAGGGCACGGGGCUGUCCACCACCGCCACGGCCGUCAUCGAGGUCACGGAUGCCAACGACAACAUCCCCAUCUUCGACCCCACCAUGUACGAGGGGACGGUGCCCGAGAACGAGGUGGGGCUGGAGGUGGCCAGGCUGCACGUGACGGACCAGGACAUGCCGGGCUCCCCGGCCUGGCAAGCCGUCUACCGCAUCAAGAGCGGGGACCAGGACGGCGCCUUCAGCAUCACCACCGACCCCAACACCAACGACGGCAUCCUGAGGACCGCCAAGGGCCUGGACUACGAGACCAGGAACCGCUACGACCUCGUGGUGACGGUGGAGAACAAGGUCCCCCUCUCCGUGUCCCUCGGGCUCUCCUCAGCCAGCGUGCUGGUGCUCGUCAGGGAUGUGAACGAGCCCCCCGUCUUCGUGCCCCCCGUCAAGAGGGUGGAGGUGCCGGAGGACCUGCCGGUGGGGCACGAGGUCGCCUCCUACACGGCCCAGGACCCCGACAAGGACCAGAGGAACAGGAUCACGUACCGCAUGGGCAGCGACCCCGCGGGGUGGCUGGCCAUCGACCCCGAGAACGGCAUCGUCACGGCCGCCCAGCCGCUGGACCGCGAGUCGGUGCACGCCAUCAACAGCACCUACAAGGCCAUCGUCCUGGCCGUGGACAACGGGGUGCCGGACGCAACGGGCACGGGGACGCUGCUGCUGCUCCUCCAGGACGUGAACGACAACGGGCCCACGCCGGAGCCCCGCAUCUUCGACAUCUGCAGCCGGCAGCCCGAGGACCAGACGCUGACCAUCGUGGACAAGGACCUGCCCCCAAACACCUACCCGUUCCAGGCAGCGCUGGAGCACGGCUCCGGCACCAACUGGACCGUCGAGAUAUUCGGCCAAGACUCGCUGGUCCUGAAACUGAAGAAGGAGCUGGAGCCCGGGGAGUACAGCAUCUUCCUGAAGCUGACGGACAGCCAGGGCAAGGCGCAGAUGACAGAAGUCAAAGCCCAGGUGUGCGAUUGUGAAGGGGCAACCAAAAACUGUGAGCGGAGAGCGUUCAUCGCCACUGGCCUGGGUGUCCCCGCAAUCCUGGGCAUCCUGGGGGGCAUCCUGGCGCUGCUGAUCCUGCUGCUGCUGCUGCUGCUCUUUGUGAGGAGGAGGAAGGUGGUGAAGGAGCCACUGCUACCACCUGAAGACGACAUGCGGGACAACGUCUACCACUACGACGAGGAGGGUGGCGGCGAGGAGGACCAGGACUAUGACCUGAGCCAGCUGCACCGCGGCCUGGAUGCCCGCCCUGAGGUGAUCCGCAACGACGUGGCCCCCCCGCUGAUGGCAGCCCCCCAGUACCGGCCCCGGCCUGCCAACCCCGAUGAGAUCGGAAACUUCAUCGACGAGAACCUGAAGGCGGCUGACACGGACCCCACGGCCCCCCCCUACGACUCCCUGCUGGUGUUCGACUACGAGGGCAGCGGUUCGGAGGCCGCCUCGCUCAGCUCCCUCAACUCCUCCGACUCCGACCAGGACCAGGACUACGACUACCUCAACGAGUGGGGCAACCGCUUCAAGAAGCUGGCCGAGCUCUAUGGUGGCGGGGAGGAAGAUGAUUAGGCUGCCCUGGCCCUCCUGCUGCUCCUGCAGCCACGCAGCGAAAGCAGCUCUUGCCAUUUCUUGGACAUGCACUGGCCCUCGCCAGCAGCGUGGUGGGUGGCCAAAGCCCCCUCUGACAUCCCUGGAUCCAUCACUCACAUCCCUCUCCUUCAGUGCAGAUAAAGCUCAGGAUCGCUGGGGCUUGAGUGUUUUGGGGAGCCUGUGUGUUUCCUCAUCCCCCUCAGCUCCAUGUAGGCUAUGGUGCCAUUUGGGACUCCCUGGGGGGACGCGGGAGGCUGGCAGUAGGCACUCCUUGUCCCGAAGCUGAGGUGCUCCUGGAUCAGCUCCUGGAUCAGCUCCCAGCCUCCCCAUGCCCAAAUCCUGCAUUGGCCCUCGGCUGGUGCUCAGCACUUCUCCUUCAUCCAGGAGAGGCCCCCACCGCCUCUCCCCCUCUGCUGCGGAAGGAAAGAGUUUCUGUGGCGCUCUCCAAAAUACCUCGCGCUCCCAGACCUGAAAUCAUGGCCAUGCUGGCAGCCAGCCACCCUCAGGGAACGGGAUGGCCCCACGUCCAGCUUUUGUGUGGAGCUGCUCAAGCAUGUGCCGAUGCCGGGUGGAUGAUCUAUAAACACUGAUUAAUGAUGUGCCAUUGUCUUUCCGUGAUACAUGAGGGAAUUAUAUUUGAUAUAGUACUUGCAGGCAGAUUUCUAUUUUUCUGUAUACCAGAUUAUAUUAUUUCCUUUUGUGUCACAUUAUGUGUAAUUAUUGUGCUGUUAAUAGAAGGCGCUUUCUGAAAUCAAACAGCUUUACUUAAAUUCUGAACUGUGUUUAGCUGUUGUCAUGCUUUGUAUUUUGAAAACGGGAAUAAGGUCUAGCCAUUGUCUAGUUUUAACUGAUUGUACAUUUUUUAUAUGAAACUGAGAUAAUACGUUGUUUUAAUAAAACAAGAAGCCUA